AUGCUGAUGCUGUCAGGCCCCGCGAACAAGGUCCGCUUCUCCCCUGCGGGACCAGAAGCGACCUCACGCUCCUCCGCUGCCACGUGCCCACUGCGCACCCCGCCGCUACCCCAGCCCUCCGCUGCCGCCUCCGACAAGCCCCGCCCCGACACCACGCCCCGCCGCCCAAUCGCGGCCCGCCGCCGGGCCGCGCCCUCUGCACAGGGGCGAGGGAAGGGCGGGGCCGCGCUGCUCCUGAGCCGGAGGCCACGCCCACCCGCGCUCUCCCGCCCGCCUCGCGCGCGUGAGCGUGAUCGCCACCGCCGGGAGCCGGCGCGUGCGUGGCGGCACGCGCUCCCUGCGCGCCCCCGACGGGAAAGCGGGCACGCGCGCCGCGGCCCCGGACGUCGUGAGCGCGUCACCGCGUUCACACCGUCCGUGCACAGAGACCCCCGUGUGUGUGCGCACACCCUACACACAUCCCAGCUGCAGGGCGCAGGGCGGGCUGUAGGUUUCGGUUCAGGUCGGGUUGCAGACCCAGGUGCAGGUGCAGAAGCAGGAAUGGACAAGCAGCUGCGGGAGCUGCGGCUGCAGGAGGAGAGGGCCUUCCUGCAGAGCAUGGCAAGGGAGGAGGACACCAAGCAGCCCCCUAGCUGGUGGGAGAGCCGGGCACCAGCCAUCAUCCCUGAGCCCCUUGCCAGUGAUGCUGUGCUCUGUGUGCCCAACAGCCCCAAAUUUCACAGGGAUCUUGGCCUGAUCACGGAGGCAGUGGCACGCAGCGAGUUUCUACAACACCUGGGAGAAAGCUGCCUUGAGGUCCUGGCCCAGAGCUUUGUAACUGUCCAGCACAGCCCUGGGGACACGGUGCUGGCUGAGGGCACUGAAGGCACCACCAUGUAUAUUGUGGCAGAGGGGCAGCUCAGCGUGAGCCAGCGCGGCCACCAGCUCCGCACCCUGGGACCAGGGGAAGUGUUUGGGGAGCUGGCCAUCCUCUACAACUGCAAGCGCACGGCCACCGUGCAGGCACUCAGCCCCGUGCGCCUCUGGGCCAUCGACCGGCAGCGGUACCGGGCCAUUGCCACCAGCAAUGCCAAGCAGAGACAGGCCGAGAUCCUGGGCUCCCUGCGGACGGUGCAUUGGCUGCAGGACCUCUCUGACAGCCAUCUCUGCAAGCUGCUGGAUGCCAUGGAGGAGUGCACCUUCAAGCCCGGUCACAUCAUUAUUCAUGAAGGUGAUGAGGGGGAAAGCUUCUACAUCAUCCUGAAGGGUGAGGUGCGGGUGACCCAGCGAGUGGAUGGGCAAGAGAAGCUGCUCCGUGUCCUGGGUGCUGGGCAGCGCUUUGGGGAGCUCUCUCUGCUGCGCAACAGCCCCCGCACAGCAUCGUGCCAGGCCCAGGGACAUGUCACCUGUGUCACCGUGGCCAAAGAAGACUUCCUGGAGAUCAGCCCCUAUUGCCCUCCCCAUCCUGCAGAGCUGGGCUGCCGUUCCUCGAGCCUGGGGCAGCCACAAGCUGUGCCGCUGCAGCUGGAGGAGCUGGUGGCUGUGCGCUACCAGGAGGGGGAGCGGCAGGGCCAGUGCGUUGUCCUGGGCACCGGCAGCUUCGGACGGGUUGAUCUGGUGCGGUGCCAGGAGCAGCUCUUCGCGCUGAAGCGGAUCCGCAAGGACUGGGUGGUGCGGAAGCAGCAGCAGGAGCACGUGUGGACAGAACGGCGAGUGCUGGCAGGCAGCCGCAGCCCCUUUGUGGUAAGGCUUUUCAGUACGUUCCGGGACAGGCACUACGUCUAUCUGCUGCUGGAGUUCUGCCAGGGCGGAGAACUGUGGACCAAGCUGCGUGAGAUGCGGUGCUUCGAGGAGCCAGUGGCUGUGUUCUGCUGUGCCUGCGUGGUUGAGGCCCUUGAGUACCUGCACAGCCAUGGCAUUGUCUACCGUGACCUGAAGCCUGAGAACCUCAUGCUGGACCAGCGUGGCUAUGUCAAGCUGGUAGACUUCGGCUUUGCUAAGGAGCUGGGGCGGGGGGAGAAGACAUUCUCCUUCUGUGGAACCCCCGAGUACCUGGCUCCUGAGAUCCUGCGCCAGGAGGGCCACGACUUUGCCGUUGACUUCUGGAUGCUGGGUGUGCUUGCCUUUGAGUUGCUGGUAGGCAGGCCACCCUUCCACAGUGCUGACCCCCAGCAGAUCUACAGCCGCAUCUUGGAUGGAGUAUUCUCCUUCCCAGCCUUCCUUGGCGAGGCUGCCUGCUCCCUCAUCAGCAAGCUCUGCAGGCGUCGCCCAGGACAGCGCUUGGGGAACACGGCCAGCGGCAUCCGCGGCAUCAAGAAGCACAGAUGGUUCGGUGCCCUGAAGUGGAGGAAGCUCUUGCUGGGGCAGCUGGAGGCACCCACCCUGUGCCUCAUCAAGGAGGGACCGCCCUAUGUCAACUUCAAGCGCUACUCAGUGGACUUGACACCAGUGGAGGACGAGUUCUCAGGCUGGGACGAGGACUUCUGA